CUUCUAGUAGGAGUAAAACAUCGGUCGUCAACGCAGGAAAUCAUCUGGACACAAGACAUAACGUUACAAACGACAGACCUCCCACAGCCACAUGUCUGUCAGAAGGAGGAGGUUUUUGCUGAGCAGGAGCUCUGUAGCCAGAAGAGGAACCACAGUCUGGACCAGGAGGACCCAGAUUCUACACAGAUUAAAAAGGAACAGGAGGACCCAGAGUCUCCACAGAUAAAAGAGGAACAGGAAGAAUUCUGCACCAGUCUGGACCAGGAGGACCCAGAGGCUCCACAGAUUAAAGAUGAGCUGGACAAAGUCUGCAUCAGUCAGGAGGGUGAGCAGCUUGUACCGAAGCCAGAGAUUGAGUCUUUUCAAUCAAACUCACACCCCUGGCAGCAUAUACACGCUGGCGUGACUGUCACUCAAACAUACGGAUGCAAACUGAAGAAUCAGACGACGACAACAACAACAACAACAACAACAAAAAGACAGGAGACAAGGGCGGCGGUGAAAGAAAAUUCGGUCAUUUAUUUACAAAAAAAUUCUUUCACAAGGUGUUCGCUGGAGGAAAAAAAGCGGAUAAAGGAGCUUGGACCAGACCAACCAGACUUAAAAAUCCAGCAGCAGGCAAGUGACCGUGGACGGACUUACACCCGGGGCUUCUCCCGCAUGUUUUAUGCCAAACACAGUUGGCUAGCUGGAUGUGAAGUUAGCAAUGCUUUUUAUUGCUUUCCCUGCUUGCUUUUUCAAAGCACUGAAGUCUUGUGGACAACAACAGGGGUCAGAGACCUGAAACAUCUUUCUGAAAAAUGCAAACGGCAUGAAAGUAGCUGUAGCCAUCUUGACAACAGCAUGAAGCUGAAGUUGUUCGGCAGAGUUAGCAUUGCUGAACAAUUAGAUGAGGGCUAUAGAGCUGGCAUUAGAAGGCACAACGAAGAGGUGACAAAAAAUCGUCACAUACUGUCCAGAAUAAUAGACUGUGUGAAAUUUUGUGGGGCCUUUGAGUUGGCUUUACGUGGCUAUGAUGAGAGUGAAGGCUCUGUUAACCCUGGGAUAUUUUGUGGGUUGGUGGAUUUUGUUGCCUCUCUGGAUGGAGCUUUAAGAGAGCACCUUGAGACCGCCACUGUUUUUAAGGGUACUUCAAAAACUGUACACAAUGAGCUCCUGGACUGUAUGCUGUCUGUAGCAAGGGAGCAAAUAAUCAAAGAUGCACAAAAGAGUGCUUUUUUAUCAAUCCAGGCAGAUGAGACAACAGAUAUUUCAACACAGUCCCAACUUGUGCUUGUACUACGCUACAUUGAUGACAAACACAAUGUGCAGGAAAGGUUUUUUGAAUUCAUUCCUCUGCGGUCAGCUACAUCUGAGUCUGUUGCUACUGCAUUAAGAGAGUGUCUCGCUGCCAUCAUUCCUGAGGAUCAGAAAAGUAAAUUAAUCUGCCAGGCGUAUGAUGGAGCCAAAGUGAUGAGGGGCACCACUGCAGGUGUUCAGAGGAAAAUCAAAGAUGUGUACCCAAAUGCCCACUAUAUCCACUGCUAUGCACAUGAACUCAACCUGAUCGUGCAACAGGCCACCUCUCACAUUUCCAAGGUGAGAAUUUUUUUUUCUGACCUGGGUGGAUUUGCCAGUUUCUUUUCCAGAUCACCCAACCGUACAGCUGUUCUUGAUAAAGUGGUGGCCCAUAGACUGCCAACAUCCAGCAAUGUCAGAUGGAACUUUCACAGCCAAACCAUCAACACUGUGUUUGAGCACAGAGAGGAUCUCAUUCAAUGUUUUGAGAACAUACGAGACUCAGGUGACUUUGACCCCAGUACCAUCAGAGAGGCGGGAGCCAUGGCCAUGCUGCUGGAACAUCAGGACUUCAAGUUCUUUCUGGAACUUUUUCACCUCAUCAUGCCACAUGUUGACCUCCUCUAUGCCAAGCUCCAGAAGAAGAACAUAGACUCUGUCCACAUCAAAGGGAGCAUCCAGCAGUUUGAAAAGGACAUACAAAACAUCAGAAAUUCUCUCCAUUCCAUGGGUGAGCAAAGCAGUGGCUCUCUGCCAGCAAAGAGGCGUCGGGUACUCAGUUCAGAGGAUCGUCAAAGGGUUGCAGAAGAGGUUUGCAACACCAUUCUGGGACACAUCAGGGAGCGCUUCUCCUUCACAGACCAUCUUGUCUGUGCAACCUUGUUGCAGGGGGACAGGUUUGAAGAACAUCACAAGUCAUUUCCUGAAGCUGCACUGCACAGCACUUUGAAGGCCUACCCAAUGCUGAAUGGAAGAAAGCUGAAGACAGAACUUGGUCUCAUCUACAGCAAAGAAGAGUUCAGAGCCUGUUGUGGUGCUAUGGAGCUAUUCCAGCUGUUCAUGGAGAACAAUGUUGAAGAGGUCUUUUCAGAAACUGUCACUCUUUUGAAGAUCAUCAUCACCACACCCAUGACCACAGCAGAAGCUGAGAGGUGCUUCCUAACCUUGAAGAGAAUAAAAACUUUUCUCAGAAACACCAUGACCCAGGAGAGGCUUAAUGCACUGGCCAUGCUCUCCAUGGAAAAGAGGCUUGUUUGUGAAAUGACAGAUUUCAAUCAGAAAGUCAUUGAAAAAUUUGCUGGCCUGAAGGAGAGGAGAGCACAAUUUAUGUUCAAGUAGUUUGUUGUCAUGUUGUAGAAAAGUUUUAGCAAAAGUGGUAAUUUGACUGCCUACAUGAGAACUCACACAGCAGAGACGCCAUACCACUGCAUCACCUGUGUGCAAAAAUUUAAAUAUGGGUCAACACUGAAAAGUCACAUGAGAUCUCAUACAGGUGAGACACUGUAGUCCUGAAACGUUUGUCAGAACAAAGCUUGAUUAAACGUAAAAUUAGAUUUUUAAGAUUUCCACCUGUGCUUAAACAAUGAUGCUACACUGCAAGAGAUGGAUCUAAUAAAUUCUGGUUUCUAUUUG